AUAAGCAACAUGUAUGGUGGUAUGUCUCAAUUAAUUAUUUUGUCUAUGUUUAUCGGUUAUUCUGCCGCUUCACUGGAAGAUCUGGAAAUCCGAAUCCAUCGUUUGGAGUUACUUAUAGGCACACAAAAUGAACGAAUUCAACUUCAGGAGGCAGAAAUAAUUCAGUUAAAGACCGACCUAGCCAAUAACCAGAAAUCGGAUUUUGACAAGGAUAAGGAAAUUGCUACUUUAAAAGAAUCAAUAGCGAAGUUGUUCAUUCAAUGUGCAAGUGGAAAUGAAGAUGUUAAAAUCGAUAAUAACAAAAGAGAGAGAAAAAAAUAUAAGCGACUCAUUAGUGAUAGCAUAGUCCCUAUCGAAGUCCCAAUGCAACGAUUUACUGCCUUUUAUGCCUACAUGAGUAAAAUUGAUGUAAGUCCAGGAAAUGGUCACACAUUAAAAUUCGAUGUCGUAAAAACAAACAUCAAUGGUGGCUACGAUCCAUCUUCUGGAGUUUUCACGGUACCAACUGACGGCGUGUAUGUGUUCACGUUCAGCAUAAGAUUACAUUCAGGAGAUUUUGGAGCCUACGAAAUUGUCAAAAACGCCGAAGUUGAAGGUGUAGCAGUUGGUAUUAUUGAUCGUUCUAGUACGAGCACACAGGUACAAACAACGGAAACCAUAGUACUCUCUGCUAAGAAGGGCGACAUAGUCUUUUUACGAAUCCAUUUAACACUUGGUCAUUCAGGAGAUAUUUGGACCAACGAACAUGGGAGGACUUUGUUCGCUGGAUGGCAGAUUUCAGAUUAA